AUGCACCGACUGCUACUGGAAUCCCACGGCGGUGGGAACGAUACGAGCGGCGGAGAUGGGUACCUGAGGGACAUGAACUUCGACGCAAACAUGGUGAUCAUACUCGCUGCUCUGCUCUGCGCUUUGAUACUCGCGCUUGGGCUUAAUUCGAUGCUGAGAUGCGCGAUGCGAUGCGGCUGGGGGUUAUCAUCGGCGGCGGCGGCGACAGUUACGGCGGCUGACGCAAGCGGAUUGAAGAAGCGAGAAUUGAAGAGGAUUCCGGUGGCGGCGUACGGGUCGAGCGGGGUGGAGAUAGCAGCGACGGAGUGCGCCAUCUGCCUGGGCGAGUUUGCGGACGGUGAGAGGGUCCGAGUUCUUCCGCCGUGUAACCAUAGCUUCCACAUGUCCUGCAUCGACACGUGGCUUGCCUCUCACUCUUCCUGUCCCAAUUGUCGGCAUUCGCUCAUCGAGCUCCACGUGGCGGGAUCGAGCUAG